GGACAAGGUGGAGGUGGAUGAAUUAUUAAUCAGGUUAAUGGACGGCAGAUAUUUUUCUCUGCAGAUUUUCGGUCACCUGAGAUUUCCCUCAUGGCCUCGGAGGCCAAGGACAGCUGAAGCGACUGGAGAGCAGACAGGAAGUCAGAGGGGGGAAGAGAGACAGCCGUCACCUUGACCUGCACUUGUCCUCCCCAGAGCACAACAGGAGUGUGGGGGAACGUAAACUUGACUGUCAUCAAUCAAUAACUGACUGUUCCCACGAUCCCGAGGGUCUCUCUCUCUCGCUGCCUCUCUGUCGGCGCAAUCGUUAAUUCCACCAUGUUCUGAAGUGUUUCCUGUCAAUACACUCUUAUUCCGAAGGCAGAGUCUUGAGCUUCCGGUGGAGGCGCGUGCUGCGUGCGGUCACCUUGACGCGUCUCUGACGGUCAGUCGGGAUGACAACACCGUCGAGGACGGACAGGAACAGCUGAGUCUGCAGAGGAUGGCUGCGGGAGAUGGCCAGUAAAGGAAUCAGCAGCUCGGGGAGCGGGACUGGGAGCGGCUCCAUCCAUGUCCCGGCCAUGGAGCGCGCCAGGCCGGUGACUGUGACGGUGUCUGCGGUGAGUCUGGUGCUCAGCGUGCUGUCGCUGCUGCUGCUGGUCACGGCCAUCUCCACUGACCACUGGUACGAGACGGACACCCGCAGACACAAGGAGAACUGCGACCGCUUUGGAUCCGAUUCCAACGACCAGAAGAACCGGGAGAUGCCCAUCUACCACCUGCCGCUGGUCGACACGGGGAGCGGCGGAGCUCGUCCACGGGAUGUCGCGCUGAUGAAGCCGGUGCAUGUGGGGAGCAGAGAGGAGGAGCUGCUAGAGAACUGGCGGGCCAUCCUGGGGAUGGGCAUCCUGGAGACCGAGUGCGGGAGGCCGCUCUUCUCCACACACUUCGGCCUGUGGAGGAAAUGCUACUUCAAGGGCCUGGACCCGGACAUCGACAAGCUGAUUGACCGAGGAAUCGCUGAUCGCUGCACCGCAGUCAAGUAUCAUUUCUCACAACCGAUCCGAUUGAGGAACAUCCCGCUGAAUCUGACCAGAACCAUCCAACAGGACGAGUGGCACCUGCUACAUCUACGGAGAAUCACUGCUGGGUUCUUGGGAAUGGCUGCCGCGGUUCUGAUGUGUGGAAGCAUAGUCUCUUCAGUAGGGUUCUUCUGGGAGGAGAACCUGACCCAGCAUGUGUCUGGACUCUUGUUCCUGAUGGCAGGGGUCUUCUGCACCAUCUCCCUGUGUACCUACGCUGCCAGCGUGAACUAUGACCUCUCCAGGACGCCUCCUUUCAUCUACGGCCUGCCCGCUGACGUGGACCACGGCUUCGGCUGGUCCGUCUGCUGCGCGGGUGUCAGUCUGGGUCUCAGCGUGGCAGCAGGCUGCCUCGGGGCCACCUUUCCCUUUCUGCGCCGGGCUGGACCCCUCCAAUCCAAAGAUCCUCGAGAAUCCUCCGUCUGAGCUUCAGGACCCCGCUAAUCCACUGUGGGUUCAACCAUCACUGAGGGACUGGAGAACUUUGGCCGAAUGAAACACACACGCACACACACACACACGCACACGAAUGUAAGUACCCGGACUUCCUUGCUUCAGUAUAUACAGCCGACAAUCACGUCCUGACCCAAACCCGCGGCCCAUCGAGACACCCCUCUACCCCCCAGUGUUGUGCAAAGACAUUUCUGAGAUUGCUAAGGUGUCUAGUGGUUCUGGUUGCAGUCCGAGGUCCAAUCAAGUCGUUUCAAGCGUGGAGCUAUAAUCUCCCCCUGAGUACUUUGGAUAUCUGAACAAGAUGCGGAACCUUGAGACCCAAACACUCGUUUGAAUUAUUGCUUGUGUAUGUGAAGGCCUCGUCCAUGUACCUUUAACAGCUGAAUGUAAAUAAACCGCCACAAAAUAAAGCUUCUCUACC